CAGUAAUAUAUAGCAGUGAGAGCAGUAGUAGAUCUUGGCCGACGUGCGCGAAUGUACUUGUACAUGUGCCAUGUUUUGUGAUUUACAUAUAAAAAUGUGCCACCAUCACUUUUUAAUGAGCUGUUUGCUGCUUGUUUGUUUCUUCUGGCCUCCCCUGCACUUCCUUUGCACCUGCUGCCAUUUCCUUUCCUUUCCUUUCCUUUUCCUUUUAAAGGCCACACUCGCUGCAGAUACAUGACCACCACCUCCUCCUCCUUCCUCGCAACUCUCUCUCUCUCUCUCUCUCUCUCUCUCUUCGCAAUUAGAUACAGACAGAUACCUCCAGGAAUUGAAGCUUGAUUCUUUGCUUAGUUCUUGCGCUUGCUAUUAGUUGGAGUAGCAAGCUCAGCUCACAGUCACGCUAGCUCCAUAUCCAUUGGUCGAUGCUGAUGGGGUUCCCGGUGGGGUACUCGGAGAUGCCGAAGCUGGUGCUGCACCUCCUAUCCCUCCUCGCCCACCUCCGUCGCCUCUCCUCCUGGCUGCUCCGCCUCACCGGCGCCGCAGACAUCGACUACUACUCAUCCGCCGUUGACGCCGACCACCUGCAGAACUACUACGACGACGGUGCUGCCGACAGCCUGGAGGAGCACUCCCCGGCGGUGCGCUUCGACGCUCUAUCCUCCGCCGGGAGGGAACCGCUUCCGGAGGGCUGCGCCGUCUGCCUCGGCGACUUCCACGGCGCCGCCGAGGUGCGCCGCGCGCGGGGCUGCCGCCACGUCUUCCACCGCGCCUGCCUCGACCGCUGGGCCGCCCACGGACAGCGCACCUGCCCGCUCUGCCGGACGCCGCUCCUGCCCCUGCCGCUGCCGGUGUCAUAGCAGAUGGACAGGGGCUUCGAAUUUGUUCGUUCCUGUCGGGGUUUUAUGUAAAAAGCUUAACAGGGGAAAAGGUUUUUAUCUUUUCCAAACGCCCCCUUGAGAAGAUGCGUUUUUGCAUAACUCUACAUUGUACAGUUUGGUAUGGUGUUAUCAAGCAUGCGUCGUGUGAUAUUAAGAAAGUCCAGGGGUGGGCUAAUAUUUGGUUUGGGUUUUGGCUCAUCAAAGGGGCCAGCCACUGUGCUCUCCAAAAGACCAAAAUACAAGUGGCAGAUAGACAAGUUUAUUUAGCUUGAAUAGAACAGGGGAAGUAAAUAAACAGAGGAAUAUACCCAUAUUAUUUGUAGAGCAUGCAAUUUGUCAAAAGAUGUUGCUCUCCUCAGUUUUCUUUUC